AUGCACGUACGCUGUCAUGGAGAAGGGUCUACGAUUAUAGGGGAUGGUCUGGUGUACGUCAUCCACCCUAAUGUCAUGUCAUCUGCUAUGGCAACUGUUUGGCAACAACAGGUGUUUGCCCUUGAUGCAAGAUAUAACGCCCAUCGCGCGCCAAACCAUCCGAACUUCAGGACGCUGUAUAUUCGUAGAAGAAGUCAGCUUCUCCGAGAAUACACUAAAGGAGAUGAGCCUGCCAUACGGAAACAGUAUAUUAAAUUAAGAGGACAACUUCUUCAGAAACGAUAUGGUGUGUCUUGUGAUCAGACAAGCAUUCGAAGUAGGAGUGUCAGUGCUAGAAGUAGUAGUAGAAUCAGUGAAUCACCAGAAAGUUUUAGAUGUCAAGUUGAGCAGAAUUCUCAAAAUGAACAAGAGGGUGUGGUACCCACCAAACAAGCAGAAGCAUCUAGAGCCAUAGUAGGUGGGACCUCUAUUGCUGAAAAUUAUGCAUUUGUGGGUGUUCAUCAUAUUUUUGAUCAGCAUACCUCUGCUGUGACAAUGUUAAAAUUUGCAAAUAAUGAUAGGUCUCGAUUGUGUUGUGCUUCUUUAGAUGGCACAGUGUCUAUUUGUAAUGUUGCCAACCCUCCUAGAGUUGAAGUAGUCUUUAAAGGACACAAAAAAGGAGUUACAUGUUGUGAUUGGUCUGUUUCAAAUGACUUGAUGGUUAGUUGUUCUUUGGAUGCCACAUUAUGCCUGUGGGAUACUGCUACUAAUAAAUGCCUCCGUGUGGUACGAGAUCCUGCUGGUGCAGAAAUGAUGUCUUGUUUAUUUCAGCCUGCUAACAACAACAUGGUUAUUGCUGGCAAUUCCCAAGGGAUGGUGGAGGUCGUAAAUGUUUCAACUGGUAUUUAUCCCAGAGGUGGUAGCAGCAAACUUGGUGGAAAAGUUCUCUCUCUGGCAUGUGAUUCCAGUGGCCAAAUGCUUUGGGCUGGUAACAAUAAGGGAAUGAUUGUGUCAUUUCUAUUUGAUUUGGAGACUGGCCGACUAAGCAAAUGUCGUCGGAUCAGUGUGGCAGAGAAUUGUCCAAUAACUUGCAUUUCAUGGAGAGCUUGGAUAAGUCGUGAAGCAAGAGAUCCUACCCUUUUGGUGAAUUGUGCUGCAAAUGUUGUAUGUUUAUUCAGGGUUACAGAUAAAGAAGGUAGUUUGUUGUUGCGGCGCAAGUUUGCUGUUCGGCACAAAACAAACUUGAUUCGUUCCACUUUUUGUCCAAUAAUGUCUUUUCGUCAAGGUGCUUGUGUGGUAACUGGCAGUGAAGAUUCCUGUGUGUACUUCCUUGAUAUAGAGAAAGAGGGAAAAGCUUGUGUCAACAAACUGCAAGGCCAUGCUUGUCCAGUCCUGGGAGUGAGCUUUAACUAUGAUGAAAGCCUUCUUGCUACAAGUGAUGCCCAAGGUCUCGUCAUUGUUUGGAAAAGAGAGAAAAGAUCUGUUGGAUUAACUGCCCACUAAUGAAACAAUUUCUGAAUUCGGGGCUUCAUUUCAUGCAGUUGCAUUCCUGUAAUGUUAGUCAAUGCUUGGACCAAAUUUUACCAAUGAAUGAAGCAAUUCAUAUUGCAAGAUUCAACUAACAAGAUAAUUCUCAGUAUAAAGUAUUAUUAAAUAUUUCAUGAAAAUAUUUAUAUGAACUUUUGUAACAUCAAAAUGUUUUCAAGUCAGAUAGCAAUGUAUCAUUUUUUAACCAGUGUUUAAAUUAGAACCUGUAUAAGAGAUUUUAAAACAUGCAAAUCUCCUAAUUCUUCCAUUAUAGUAGUAUUAUUGUGCUUGUUAUCAAAUUAUUUUAAGAGACUUUUUUAAAUCAUAGUGAUUUGUUAUUGUUUUAAUGAUGUUAGCCAAAGUUUUCAUUCCAUUGUCUAAUAGUAAGUGCCUGGUGUCAUACUUGUGCAAACAUUGUCCAUUAUUUAAUGGUUUAUUAUAUACCAGAAGUAUUACCUUACAGAGGACUAGUCAAAGAAAGUGCAGUGAUUGUAACAAUUCUGCCUUUGUUGCAUAAUAUGACAUCAAAUAUGUACAAUGUACUGAACUCUAUUUUGACAAGAAUACAGUUAUUUAUACUGAAAUAGGAUCUGAUCUGAAUAUUGAACCAUGAAUAAAUUAUUUAUUACAUUACAUAAACAUG